CUUAGUAAAGGCGGCUAGAAUGUCUUAACCCUAUUUUCAUAGUUAGAGAUUAAAACGUAUAGACGCGGGAUUUCUCGAAGGUAUAAUGGGAAAGAUAAACAAGAUCGAGUAUUUUCGGCUGCCACCGCGUUGGUUAUUCGUCAAAAUUGUGGAUGACACAGGUUGUUAUGGAUGGGGUGAAGCUUCCUUAGAGGGACAUACGCAAGCCGUGGAAGGUUGUCUUGAUGCCUGGGCGGAAAAGUAUAUAGGAUACGAAGCUGAUGACAUCGAGCACAUAUGGCAGUUGUCGUAUCGUGGAGGCUUUUACCGAGGGGGGCCCGUUCUCAUGAGUGCCUUGAGCGGAAUAGAUAUUGCGCUAUGGGAUAUGAAAGCUAGGAAACUGAACGUUCCAAUCUAUCAGUUGCUAGGUGGAAAAGUCCGAGAUAAACUGCGCGUAUACGCAUGGAUAGGGGGUGACCGCCCAAGUGAUGUGGAGACGCAAGCAAACGUCCGUAAAGCCCAAGGAUUUAACGCGGUCAAAAUGAACGGUACCGAAGAUCUCGGAUGGCUAGACUCUCCCCGUAAACUCGAUGAAUGCGUGGAACGUGUUAAAGUAGUGAAGGCUUUGGGUCUCGAUGUGGGGGUAGACUUUCACGGGCGAGUGCAUAAGCCGAUGGCCAAGCAACUAGUUGCCAAACUAGAGCCCUACGACCCCCUAUUUGUCGAGGAGCCCUUGCUAAGUGAGAAUAUUGGCGGUAUCAAGGACAUUGCUGCUCGUACGCAUUGCCCGAUCGCGCUUGGCGAACGUCUUCACAACAGAUGGGAUGUGAGACCGUUCUUGGAAUCCGGAUGUGUCGAUAUAUUGCAGCCAGAUAUUUGUCAUGUUGGCGGGAUAUCUGAGAUGCGCAGAAUCGCUUCUGCGUGCGAGACAUACGACGUUGCACUGGCUCCUCACUGCCCAUUAGGACCAAUCGCGUUAGCGGCAAACGUCCAGGUUAACGCAGCAACUUCGAACUUCGUGAUCCAGGAGAUGAGCCUUGGUAUUCACUACAAUGUUGGUGGGCAGGAUCUGACAAGCUAUACACUAAAUCCCGAGGUUUGGAAGGUUACAGAUGGGUAUAUUGACUUGAUGAGCGGGCCAGGUCUUGGCAUUGACAUCGAUGAGGUACAGGUACGGGCCUUAUCAAAGGACUUCAAAGCGUGGGUAAGCCCAACAUUCUCUGGUCCAGGGGGUGAAUUAAGGGAGUGGUAAUCGAAAACCUAUUAUGAAGGCCCUUGAUAAGUUAGACUUAGAAUAAAGCCGUAUCCGUAUAAUAUACCACACCUAAUUACCAAGAA